GACCCAGGAAGUCAUUUGAACUGCUCGUCUCGACGCCUGCAGUCCUUCCUCCUUUGCACACCGCGCCUCGCAAUUCGCCGGCGCCACUUGCUCAUCAAUUUGCAGUCCAAUUCGAUUUCGCAUUCGCCAUUCGCAACAUCCACAUCUCGCAUGCCUCGGGAUUAUACGUAAGGAAAGGCACAAGGAAAUUCAAUCAUGGCAGACGAAGCGAAGGCGAAAGGAAAUGCCGCAUUUUCUGCAGGGAAAUUCGAGGAUGCUAUUAAGCAUUUUGGGGAUGCAAUAGCUCUAGCCCCGGACAAUCACGUCUUGUACUCCAAUCGCUCAGCUGCAUACGCUUCUUUACAUAAGUAUCAAGACGCCCUCCGGGACGCUAAAAAAACUGUGGAGUUGAAGCCCCAGUGGCCUAAAGGCUACAGCCGAUUGGGUGCUGCUUAUGUGGGUCUCCGAGAUUAUGAUGAAGCAAUUUCAGCGUACAAGAAGGGCUUGCAAACCGAUCCAAAUAAUGAUGGUCUGAAGUCUGGAUUGGCGGAUGCAGAGGCAGCCAAGCCCCGAGCUCGGGCUCCUCCUUCGGGGGAUUCUCCAAUGGGGGGCAGCUCUCCUUUCGGGAACAUGUUUGGACCUGACGUAUGGGUGAAACUUCAGGGUGAUCCACGGACGCGGCCCUACUUGCAGCAGCCUGACUUCGUCGCGAUGAUCAACGAUGCGCAGAAAAAUCCAAAUAACUUGUCACGUUACAUAAAUGAUCCUCGCAUGAUGCAAGUGAUCGGUGUUCUUUUAGGCGUGAACCUACAGACUGCAGACCCUGGGACCGAGUUUGAAGGUGAGGACGGUCACGACACAGAGGCAUCAUCGGCUCCAGAGAUUCGCAUGGACGAGCGGCCACGGAGUGCGACAUUAACACAGGCGGCUUCUGCCACUGCCCCCGAGCCGGAGCCGGAGUCGGAACCGAUGGAGGUGAAUGACGGCGAGAAGGAGAAGAAAAUGCGGAAGACUGAGGCUGUGAAGGAGAAAGAGUGUGGGAAUGCGGAGUACAAGAAAAAGAAUUUCGAAGCGGCUGUGUCGCACUACAGCAAAGCUAUAGAACUAGACGGAGAGGAUAUUUCCUUCAUUACCAACCGGGCCGCCGUGUACUUGGAGAUGGGCAAGUACGAGGAGUGCAUUGCGGACUGUGAAUUGGCUGUAGAGACUGGAAGGUCAUUGCAUGCUGAUUACAAAUUGAUUGCGAAGGCUUUGACACGAAAAGGUACAGCCUUGGCAAAGAUGGCCAAAACAAGCAAAGACUACGAUGCCGCUAUCGAAGUUUUCAACAAAGCUCUGACGGAGCAUCGUAAUCCAGAUACUCUGAAGAAGUUGAAUGAGGCAGAACGUACCAAGAAGGAAUUAGAACAGCAAGAAUACUAUGAUCCAGCUAUGGCUGACCAAGAGAGAGAGAAAGGGAAUGAGUAUUUCAAGAAGGACCAGUAUCCUGAGGCUGUCAAGCACUACACAGAGGCAAUUAAGAGGAAUCCUUCAGACGCGAAGGUUUACAGUAAUAGGGCAGCAUGCUACACUAAGCUCGGAGCUUUACCAGAGGGCCUGAAAGAUGCAAAUAAGUGCAUCGAAUUAGACGAGAAAUUUGUGAAGGGGUACUCUAGGAAGGGUGCCAUCCAAUUUUUCAUGAAGGAAUACGAUAAAGCCUUACAAACAUACCAGCUUGGAUUGAAGCACAAUGAGGGCAACCAGGAGUUGAUGGAUGGUGUUAGAAGAUGUGUGGACCAAAUCAACAAAAUGAACAGAGGAGACAUUAGCGCUGAUGAUUUGAAAGAGAAACAGGCGAGGGCUAUGUCAGAUCCAGAGAUUCAAGGCAUCUUGUCGGAUCCUGUCAUGAGACAGGUACUCACUGAUUUCCAGGAGAACCCCAAGGCAGCCCAGGAGCACAUGAAGAAUCCUAUGGUAAUGGGCAAAAUUCAAAAAUUGGUCAGUGCUGGUAUUGUACAGGUGCGAUAGCUGGGUCUUAUGGUGCAUAGGAGCGAGUACAAUGGACAGAUAAGUAAAUUCAGGUUUAGUGUUCUAUUAGAAGUUUCGAAAUGGAUACGCUGGUCUAUCCUUCCUGUGAAGUCGAUUAAGUUUUGAACAGCUCCAACAUUAAUUCCAAAUGGAAGGAUUGUUCGAGUUUACUUCCUUGUAUUGAAAACUUAGUCUAAACUUCACAUGGAGUUUGGUGGCAGUGGGUGAGUUUCGAAUCAACUCCAAAUUGGAUGAUAUACUACUAUUAGCUCCAUCCACUCCUGAAGUUCUUGUGGAAAAUGAAAUCCAAUCGGAUGUUCUCAUUUGGGUUAUUGGGUUUGAGAAGUAAGACGGCUUAGGACCACUCAAGUGGAGGUCGACGUUUAUUAUGGCUGGUCACAUCGGGAGUUGCUUGGCUCCAGAUCGUAGUAAACAGAUUUAACCUGCUGUCAACUUCGACAAAGAAGAAACUUUCGUUUUUCCAAACAUCUAUCCAAACGCUUUGAAGCUAACAACACUGACUACUCCGGUCAGGUAUGGAUGCUAGCAGCGUAAAGACAGCUCCUGGGGCACUGUUUAUGAAAGUAAAGAACCUAUCUCAUUUGCUCA